CUAAAACAUACGGAAGUAGCUCAGAACUUGUCAACAAGAAGGCCGACUGACAUGGUGAAGUCUUCCUGAACAAAACUCCCAAAAUGGCUCUUCUUUGAUGUUUUAAAAAAAAACCUUUUAAGUCUUUUAUAUAAUUUUAGAGGAGAAGCUUUACCACAAUGACCUUCACUUACAGCUUCUGUGCGCUCUUAGUUUUCACCCUAACAGCAUGCAGCCGAUUCGGGCCCACCUUCUGCGCCCCCAAAUGUGGGGGUUCCCUCCAAGUGUUGGACAGCAAAGAGGGUGAGAUCAGCAGUUCUACGUACCGCAGCUGGUCGUUCCACUAUGGCUCUCUGUAUGACUGCUGGAUCAUCAAGGGCUCGGAAGAAGAACCCAUUGUUCUCAGCUUUUCCCAGUUUGAAACACGGUGUAGGAAGGAAUGGGUGUCGAUAAAAUCAUCAGCUGGCGGUGAGGCGAUUGUACUCUGCGGCUCCAAGCUGCCGCAACCAAUGGAGUUCCCGGGGGGAAACAUUACAGUGAUGCACCACUUCCUUCCGCAACGGUACCCUGUGUCGUCUUUCCGUUUGAACUACGCCAGAGACUAUGAUGAAUGCCCAGUAACUUCUUUCGAGUGCCUGGGGGGCCGCUGCAUCCCUUCCUCUUGGCGCUGUAACGGCCAGGCGGAGUGUCUAGGUGCGGGCCAGGGCGACGAUGAGCAGGGCUGUGAGGCAGAAGAGGAAACCCUUGAGCCAACAAAGCAUGGCCUCACACAGGCAGAAGAGACUCACACGGAGAGAAACCAGGACCGGGACUCUGACAAGCCUUUCCUGGUAGAUAAUGGGUCUGACCUGUGGGAGCUGCUGAAGGAGAGGGAGGAGGAGGAGGCCAGAGUGGAUCGACUGGCGGCUCACACCCACAGGCAGCCCGCGGUGACGCCCACUCCCGAAUGGCCCUGCGGAGGGCUCCUCCAGACCUUCUACGGGACCUUUUCCCCACCUGCCCUCCGGGGCCCCCCGCUGCUCUGCGUCUGGACUCUGGACCCUCAGGACUCGAGGCCCCUGAGACUGGACCUGCAGCAGCUGGUGCUCGGACUCGGGGACAGACUCUCCAUCUACAACAGAGAGAAAGGCAAAGGAGACAUUAUUAAGAUUAUCACCAGCGCCUCGAAUUACAAAUUGGUCCAAGUGGAGUCCCACACCGGCCUGCUGUCGAUGACGUACGAGACUCUUCCCGAGUCGGAGGGGAACGGCUUCAACGCCACGUUCCACGUCGAGACGUACUGCCCACCCUGGGAGGGUCGGUGCGGGGGGGCGGCAGGAGGGUGCUUCACCCAGGAGCAGCGCUGCGACGUGAAGUGGGACUGUGCCGAGACGGGGAAGGACGAGGAGGGUUGCCGAGGCUGCAGCCCCAACCAGUUUGCGUGCGGAAUGGCAGGUCAGAGGUCAGUGGCGUCCAGUCGCCUCGCCGGGAUACCGGUGUGCUACCCGGUGACGGAGAGAUGCAACUACCAGCUGUACUGCGCUGACGGCAGCGACGAGAGGGACUGCACCGCGUGCCAGCCCGGGACCUUCCACUGUGACAGCGACAGGUGUGUGUUUGAGAGCUGGCGCUGUGACGGCCAGGUGGACUGUAAGGACGGGACGGACGAGCUCAACUGCACCGUCAUCCUGCCCCGCAAGGUCAUCACCGCGGCAACGGUUGGCAGCCUGGUGUGUGGGUUGCUGCUGGUCAUCGCCAUGGGCUGCACCUGUAAACUGUACUCGCUCAGGACCAGGGAGUACAGCUUGUUUGCACCAAUCAGCCGUCAGGAGGCGGAGCUGAUCCAGCAGCAGGCUCCGCCCUCCUACGGUCAGCUGAUCGCUCAGGGCAUCAUUCCCCCGGUGGAGGACUUCCCCACAGAAAACCCCAACGAGGCGUCGUCUCUCUCUCUGAGGGGGAUCCUCCAGCUGCUCCGUCAGGACGCAGCGAGCUCCCCCCACCGCCGGCGCCGGCCCCGAUUCAUCCGCAGGGCCGUCCGUCGCAUGAGGAGGUGGGGCUUAAUCCCCCGACCCCCGUCCAGGCCGAGUCAGACGACCAGCUCCGCCCAGCAGCAGUCGGACGCCCCUCCCUCCUCACAGGAAGCCGCUCUCUCCCCCCCCCCCAGCUCCUCGUCGGCCGUGGAGGCGGUCAACCAGCCGGUGCCGCAGAAACUGGGAUUAAUGGCUCAGUCGGAGCAGCAUACGCAAGAAGCAUCGCCUCCUCUGAUGAUGAUGCCAUCGCCCCCACCACCUCCGUACGCCCCCCCGGCUCCCACCCCCCUCGCCCCCCCGGUCUACGCCCCCCCCAGCAGCCCCUCUCUGGCCUCCAUCUUCCACACACUGGGGCUCAGCAUCUCCCUCUUCAGAGCCUCCCCCUCCUCCUUCGCCAACUCCAUGCCCCUCUCCGCCUCUCCUUCCUUCUCCUCCUCCUCCUCCUCCUCAGAUGACGAGGUUCUUCUCAUCCCGCUGACGGAGGACACCACUUCAGAGGACGACGUGCCCAUGCUCACCUGAAAGACUCCUCCACCCCUCCUCUUAUCUCCUUUCACUCACUAACUGAAACCCAGUCUUUCCACAUUAGUUUGAACUGAAGCACAGGAGUGGUGAGACUCAGCCGCACUGUUCAAGUCUGGUGCCUUUUGAUUGAAAUUGCUUUGAGAUGGAUUUGAUGACUUAUGGAAUCAAGUAUUAGACCGUUUUAUUUGACCUCCUUGGGGAACGAUUGACGAAAAGCAUGGCUGACGUAUGUCUGAGUGGAUUGGAUGUGUACUUAAUUCUAGGCUGCACAUUGAAGAUGAACCUUUGCACAGAAAAAAAUCUUCCCUAUCAAGAAACAAUGUUUUACCGUCAGAUUGAAUGGUUGGUUAAUUCUCAUUCACAGCAUUAACUUGGAUGUCUCACUUUGGGAUGCGCCUCGCUGCGUAUCCCAAAGUGAGACAUCUCACUCGUGCUACUCUGAGAACCGGGGUUACAGAAGUAACCUAUUUUAGAAGACGGGAAAUAACUAUGUUUGUAUGACUGCAACUGUGUGAAUGCAUUUGCGUUUUAGUCAUUGACAGUGGAGUAUGUUCAUAGACAUGGAUUGUCUCCAUACUUCGGCCACUUGCAUCCAGUCUCAUGUUAUAUAUAUCAAAGACAAUUCUAAAAACAGAUUCCCCUAUUUAAGUGCCUUUUUGACGAGUUUGAUUCCUGAAAUACACACUGCACACCAAAACACACGGAGGCACACGUUAUCUCGCACCACAGCACGCAUCGACACAUCAGUGGCUUCAUUAUAAUGUGAAAGAAAAAAAUUGCAUGCAAGCUGGCAAUAACUGUUUGGGACCCCUAUUUUAGUGAGCGUUUGGAGUCUACACACACCUGUGUAUCUAUCCCAAGUGAAUGUAUGUAGUCGAUAGCAAAAUGUGUCAAAAAAAGACAAUCUCUUCGGUGCCUGAUUUUAGGAAGUGUGUGUGUGCACGGGAAAAGGAGCCCUAAGGAAGAAAGGGGCCCUAAAUUCACAAAAACCUCAACCUCCAUCCCUCGAGGGGAAAACCAUCACAUUCUGUUACAUUUUGACACGGCAGAUUUGUGGUGCGCCAUUUGUAUUAUUGUACAUUUUACGGUGUUUUUAUUUCCUUUUUUAAGUUCUGUUCUGCUUUGAUGAAUGUACUGGGGUCGAUGUGGAGCAACCGGAUGUUUUAAAUUUGCAAUGUAAUAAGGUAAAUGAGAGAGAAAGUGAUUUUAUGGUUUAUUAGGGUCAACUUCACUGUAUAUAUAAGUAACAAUGUGGCUGAGAUUAAACAAUUUGCACUUUUA